AUGGAGGCUGACGCUCUUGGGGCCGCGGCUGAUGAGGUGGAUUCGACUUCAUCGCCUUCGACGGAGGAGUUGCCGAUGCCGGUAUUCCUCCACCGGCAUCGGAGGGGGCUUCAUCGAACCUCGAGGAUGGUGAGCACGCCACUUCGCAAUGCUCAGGCUGAGUCGGGAAGCCCGAGAUCGUGGAGAACAGCGAGCGGGGAACGAAGUGGCGAGAGAGGUGAUGAAGGAGCUUCCAGUGGAGAGGCGAUGAGCCAGGAGUCCGAUCCGUGGCUGGGUGGAGACCCUUGGCAGCGCGGACAGGAGAACUAUGAGCCCAAGUAUGACAACUGGUCAUCUCCGAGCUCUUCGGUGAGUGGCAAUGGAACAUCACGGAGGAGCAGUUCGAAUGACUCUUGGCAAUACAUUCAAGACACCUCAAGGGAGUCUCGACAUGUAUACUGGGCUGAUGGUGGAUGGAGCCAAUCCCAAUGGGGUGCAUCCCAAGAAGAUGACAUGGGGAGUAGCUGGUCUUGGUCCUCUUCAGAAUCAGGUUGGUCCGGGACCGGACCAAAUCAGUGGGGAUGGCGAGAUGACCUCGCCAGAAAUUGGGAGACUGAUUCAGAAAGGUCAGGGACCAGCGAUUGGUCAUCGAGCUCUUGGAAGACAGCCCGGGAAGAUGAUGGACGGGCUGGUGGAGAUUGGGGGCGGACUUCAUCCGGCCUUCAGGGUGGACAAGAACGAGGUCCUGGUGUAUGUGCAGGUGAUCGGGCGGCGGCUGGGCGGCCUACGCCCGUGGGUCUACCUGCGGAACUUGGAGAAGGUCCUCAAGUUCAUCAUGGUGAUCCUCUGCGCAGUGAGGCGAGCAGCCGGGGGGAGCAUGACAAGCAUGAUGGCAUGUCACCAAUGUCACCGGCAGCUCAACCAGCUGGUGAGUGGAACCGACCCUCAGGACUGGUACCUUCGGGGCAACCAUCGGUGGCGGGAGGCUCAGGUGGUGCAGUUGGGGGUUCUUUGAAGGAAGGCACCACCGGGAAGAUCUCCACUACAUACCCUCCCAUCUUCUAUGCUCGACCAGGUGAGAGUUGGGAGCAGUACUGGAGGACUGUCACCUUCUGGUUGGCUUCGGAAGGGAAGUCAUUGCCGGUGGAGAUGCGAGGUCCACGCCUCAUGCAGCAGCUGAGGGAGCGCGCAGGCAAGAUCGUUCAACACUUGACUGUGGAAGAGGUGACCUCCGAACAAGGAGUGCAACUCAUCAAGCAGGAGAUGGAAAAAUCACCAAUAAUCAGGCUCCUGGACAACAAGAAGAUUGACAAGAGACGCCAAAAGUUCAUGAAAUUGACGAGGUUGGCCAACGAGAGCAUCGAGAGCUUCAUCAAUCGAGCAGAGAUAUACCGGCGGGAGAAUGAGGCUUCACCCGCCUAUCGAGUUGGUUCUUGCUUUUAUGUUGGCCAUUUGCUCGACAGCGCAAAACUGACAAGAAAGGACUUGGCGCUCUUGAAAGCGGCUUGUGGAGGUGAUGUCGAAGAUGAAACUAAGGUCAUCUCAGCGAUGUUGGAGUUGGCUGAACAAUUUGAAGGAGCACCACAUUGCCCGAUUGGUCGUGGUGAGCCUCAAUUGGAUAAUGAGGACCAGUACCUGAUCCAGAAGCCUGGCACCUCAUCUUCCUCGACCCCACCUACAUCGGCUUCUGAACAUACUCCACGUCGACGCCCUUUUUCACGGGGGCGGGGUGGUGGCUUUGGGCGUUUUCGCCGUGGUCGUAUUCGAGACGCUCUGGUCGCCAUCCUGGAGGAAGAAGAUGACGGUGAAGGGGUGGCGGAGGAACUGGCUGAAGCCUUGGGGGAAGAUUCGAUGGAUGAAGAAGAAGAGAGAGGAGAACAGGCCAGCGAUCUGAAUGAGUUCAACGACGUCCUAGUUGCCGGACCUACAUCUGAAACUUCAUCGACGGCAACACCCCUGGCGGAGAUCUAUGCCCAGGAGUAUAAAGCCCGGAAUCGAGCGCGAGAGAUCAAAAAGAUGAGGCAAUACUUCCAGAAGGAGGCACCAGGUGGUCCAGCAGCGGCGAGGAAUGAACAUGUGAAGAAGUGGGUGGCCGAACAGCAGAAGAAGGAGCCCUGCUUCAUUUGCCACCAGCUAGGACAUUGGAGCCAAGAGUGCCCAUAUCGUCGCAAGGAGAAGCCAAUGGUUCACUCCGCAAAUGUCUUCGAGCUCAGUCAGCAGGAAUGGGAAAACGUGGGGCAGGACAACGAGUUGGAAGAGAUGUCCGCCCAAGAGGAAGACACGACCGGGGUGGCAUCCUUGAGACAUCCGAUGAGGACGGUGAAGCGGCAAUCAUUGAAUCGCAUGCUGCGGAAGCCAACUUCCACCAGUCCACCGGGGCGCAAGACUCUGAGCAAAAUGACCAAGGGCCGGGACAGCAAGACACCGGAGCCGGAUCAACCUGCUUCGAGUUCCGAGGCACAGAUGAGCAUGGCACAGAUCCAAGCCAUGAUGGUGCGAAUGCAGGAGAUGAUGAUGGCUCAGGGCAUGCCCAGGGAGCAGGAAGUCGAGGCAGAUCAGGGGCACGAUCCGGGUCAACGACAUCGAGGACGCAGUCAGGAGCCCGCGAAGACCAAGGACAAGGUGAAGAAGACACCCAGGGCGGUGAGGACAGCGGCCCUGACGGGAGACGAAGCACCGUUUCCUUCUCUGUCGACUCAGUUCUCGGACGACCCCACGAUGAACCUCAUGAUCAGCCUGCGGUCGCAGACUCUCACGUUCAAAUGGAAGCUUCUCCUGCUCAUGUUGAGGAUCAAGCACGCGGUGGAGGUGGAUUAUGAAGCUGCACGGCAACCACAUUGCAAGUCUAUGGGGCCACCUGGGAGCGGCAAGGCAGCUGUGCUAUUCCCCAAAGGUGGCUUGGCUGGCACAGUGAUGCAGGAGGAGACCUCGACUGCUGAACAGGAGGCUCGUCGGAUGGACCGGCUCGACCUCGUCAUGGGCACCCCGGGUUAUGAGUCGGCGAUGGACGCCCUCCAUGUGGUGCCGGACUAUGAGAUUGUGAAUGACGACGGUGGCCAGUCUGACGAUGAGCAGGGUGCUUCAGGAGUCCAGAAAGCAUUGCAGACUCACUCAAAGAUCUUUGACGUCCUGGACGCGAAGUCGGCUCAGAUUAAAGUUUGGACUUUGUUUGAAGUCUUUGCGGGCUGCGCCCGUUUUUCUCAACGGGCAAUGCACCGCCGCAAUGCUUGCUGGGACGUGUUGCCCCCACAAGACAUCCUGUAUGGGCUGGAUCUUUUGAAGGAAGAUGAACUGGAGAUGCUCAAGGAUGUCAUCAGGACCCAACGUCCAGAUGUUGUCACUGUGGCUCCUCCCUGUGGCCCAUGGUCUUCCUGGCAGCGGAUGCGCAAACGGAAGAGUGCCUUGAGAGACCUCCGUCGCCAACAUCUACCAUUUUGGGAUUUUGUCACUUGGCUUUGGGAGUUCCAAUGUUCCACCGGGGGGUUGGUGGUGCUUGAGCAACCGGCCUCUUCUGAUGCUUUGCGACUGCCGAUGAUGACCCGUCGCCGGCGAGUUCACCAGCGGGUAGUGCACAUGUGUCGCCUGGGGAUGAGAGAUCAAGUGACGAACAAGCCUCACAAGAAACCAACAGUGGUGCAGAUGAACCAUGCGGCCAUCACGACUGAGAUGUUCCCUCAGCGCCUGUGUGAAUGCCAACCCGGUGAACACCAGCCGAUCGAAGGAUCUGUCCAGGCUCUGAUGGAUGAGAAUGAGAGUAUGAGGGUCGAGCUCCAUCAACACACACCGGAUACCAGAGUGUGGGAGGCAGUACCCGUGGAGGUGGAACCCACGGCAGAAGGACAGCUAAGGCAGCAGAUGGCAGUGACCGACGGCCUCCACAGGUAUGACUACGUCUCCUUCCUGGGUGCUUCAAAUGGACUCAGCAGAAAGGUGCGCUCCACGCUGGCUCACCUUCAUGUGGCGCUGGGACACAUCAGCAAUGAUAAGCUGGCCCGGAUGAUGUCACAGAAUGGGGCGAAGCCGGUGGUUUUGCAGGCCAUCAAGGACUUGGACUGCCAGAUAUGCAAACAAGUGGUGGCACCACACACCACCCCAAAAGCGGCCUAUGCACGGCCCAUGUCCUUCAAUGUCCGAACAUGUGCAGACACCUUCUAUGUUUGGGAUGCUAAGGCGACCAAAUUUGCAGUCACCCACGUCCUGGACGCUUUCUCGCUCUACCAGAUGGCGAUUGCAACGGUGGACGCCUCGGCCCAAAGCACUGUGUCUCUGCUGAGGGAUGGUUGGAUCAGGGCUUUCGGCGCACCCAAUGUGUUCAUGACGGACCAGGGGCCGGAAUUCCAAGGUCAGGUGGAAAGCCUUCUCCGGACCUUCAGCAUCUACCACGACAUGGUGCCGCCAAGCGCUUCCUGGCGGAUGGGACUGGCAGAGAGGCAUGGGUCCGUCUUGAAACUGUUGGUCAUGAAGAUCAUCAAGGAGAAGACUAUCAUAGGCCUGGAGGAGGUGCAGACGGCGGUGGCCUCGGCGGUGGCAUCUCGGAACCUACAGGCCCGAGUAGCAGGAUUUUCGCCGGCGCAGCUGAUCUUCGGCAAAGAGAUGAGCCUGCCGGGCAACCUGAUGGAGGCCAUUGCCGGUCAGUUCAAGUUCCAGGUAGCCAACCCUCAGACCAUGGAUGAAGCAAUCCAUCGGGCGAGCUCGAUCAGACGAGCGGCCACAGAGGCGUACCAGUGGUUGGAGGCGAGCGAUGCAUUGAAGAAGGCUGCUGGAUCAAGGGCGAGGCUGCCUCGGUUAGAACUGCUGGUGGAGGGCUCGAUGGUCAUGUUCUACGAGCCGCCUGUGAGUCGUCGUGGACUGGCCCGCCGCUUGCAGGACCAAGUGUCUUGGGUGGGACCAGCCGUGGUGGUGGCGGUGGAAAGGUUCGACGGGGCGAUCAAGCGGGUGUGGAUUAGAUACAGGCACAAACUUCGUGGACUACCUCUAGAGCAUGUUCGAUUGGCAACUGGAGAUGAGAUUGAGUCCACAAAGGUGACCAAAGAAGCUCUACAAGACCUGAUGAAGAAACUCCAGUCGGGCAGAGUGAAUGCAGACAUUGCGCCUGAAGAUGAGCCGGUACACUUGCCAACACCUGCCGAUCCUGAUCCACGGUACCCGCCUAUGGAGUUCAGUGAUGAUGAACAACCGGCUGAGGACAAGCCCGUGCGAGUAGAGGAUCUCCACCGUGCCACUUCCGUGUUAGAUGACAUACCCAUUUCGGUGGCGCAGAAGAUCAAACAGAAAGCAGAUCAAGGGCAAGCUGAUAGAUCAACGAGACGCAAGCUGGAUGCGGAAGCUUCGUCUAUCAGGGCUACGGUGGCUUCGUCUUCGGCAGUUGAUCCAGCUUUGACAUCUGUCAGGCAGAAGCGGGACUUCUAUGAGACUGCCUUUAAGUCGACCCAAGAGCACCUGAAGAAGAUGAAGACGAAGCUUGAGAAAAAGGAGGCCAUGGUGGUCGUGCCUGUCCGGGAUUGCGAGCUCGUUGAAGAAGGGGGCGAGUCGGAGGUGCCGAACAGUGCAGACCCAUGCUAUAGCCCAUUUUCGGAAGAUACCAAUGAGACUUCACCGUCAAUGGACUCGCCAUUCAUUGAGGUUGACAUGUUUGCGGUGCCCAAUGUCUAUGAUGAUCAGGGCAAUCCCCAUGAAGUCUCACAUGAUAUGUACGUGGUGGACAUGUUGAGGGAGUGCCCACCGAUCAAUGUUGACUAUGAUGUGCUGGAGGCUGACUGGCGACCUGACGGUGAGAGGAGGAUCGGUAUCCGGCGGAGGAACCCAACACCAUGCAUUCGUGCCAAAGUGCCUGUGGCCAAGUGGCGCACGCUGGGAGAUGUUCCCGGAAGGCUUCGACGGCCUCUCACUCGUACCGAGAUCAUCGAGGUCUACAAGAAGGCACCUGGACGUGCUCAAGUGUUGGACGAACUCAGUGACUACAUGGAAGCGAAUUUGCCGGGUGAGAUGUUGCUGCGGUUGAGCGGUGAGUCUGACUAUUGGCUGCAUGCGCCUUCGCAGCGAGAGCUAUGGCGAGUGCACCUUCAACCUCGGCAGUACCUCUUUGUGCCGGGCGUGGUCCCUGAUGAAGAACACCCACAAGAUGCACAAGGUAUUCCUUCUGAAGUACCUGGACUACAAGGGCUACGGGCGACUCAGGUGGGGUACCUGUCGCCCCAGGCGUCCAAGGAGUACUUGGUGGACAACAUCAACUGGAAGGGCUGGAACGCUUCAGUGCAUCUGAAUCAAUUGUCGCGAGGUGUCACUCGGUUCGUCACUAUGGACCCCGUGAAGGACCACCCUAUCUUGGCCACAUGGAAUCAAGGAAGAGCUGCUGCGGAAGAUUUGUGGAGGAGGCAUCUCAAAGCCAAUGCCGCUUACCAGGUGUUGGUGGCUGAAGGGCAGGCGGCCGACUUUAUUGCUCCGGCCGAUGGACUACACGCUGACCAAUCUCAUCGGUUGGAGGUAGCCUUGGAUGUGCUAGAGUGUCUGCUGAAGCGCGUGGUGCGCUCAUCCCUGGCGGCGGAAGUGUCGCAGGCGGCGGUGGCCAUGGAGGAGGCAGACUUCUUGAGGGCUUUGAUGGCUGAAGCAUUGGAGAAGAACUUCUCCCUGAAGAACUGGCUCCAGUCGGUGGCCAGAUGGCGCCAGGUAGCCGUGAUGGACUCCAAGACUGGCUACGACUUGCUGAAUGGCACAUCGCUCGGAGAGGACAAGAGAUUGGCCAUUGACGUGGCUUCGAUGAGGCAGGCACUUCAUGAAGACGGAGGGUCUCGGAUGGUGAGAUGGGUUCCAGGAGAAGAGAUCCUAGCGGACGACCUCACGAAGCUGGUGGGAAACCAGAAGCUGGUCACGGCCAUGGAGGACGGCAUGUGGGCGCUGAAGGAUACUGAAGAGGCAAAACGCCUCCGAGCAGACGCCGCGGUACGAAAGCGUACCUACAGGUAUGACACUGCCAUCGACAUGUGGUCUUUCGGAUGUAUUUUGGCUGAGUGGGAGCCCUGGCCGAGAGAGGCAGUUGCGUUCAUUUGGGAGGGUGACAAUGCCCAUGGCGAUAGCAGCCUGACGCAGACUCUUUUUGAGUUGAGUUCUGGAUAUUUCAUUGACGUUGUUGAGAGUUUGACUACUUGGAUGUGUGGAAAGCAAAGCUAUUGGACAGAGGAAGAUUUGUUGCGCCGGCUUGGCAAAGAACGGGAUGAGCGCUCGCCGCUUUGGGAUCCUAUGGGAGACCAGAGGCUUUAUGACAAGCUCCUGCAGAGUGUCACUUGCUUCGAAGACUCAGCACGUUUGGGGCAUCCGGCCGUGUACAAGAGCUACGCAGCCACCGAGUGUGGACCGACGCCAGUGGCCGGGAAGCGGCGGAGCAUUUCCUGGGCCAACGUGGCUUAG